AUGAACUCUCUUAAUAGAAUGUGCGAAAAUAACGCUGUGGAAAAUUUUAUUCAGGGUACAUUUUGGCGCAGCAGGUUAUGUGAACGACGAGGCAAAACCGUAAUUCCUAUUUUUUUAUUUUUUGAUGACUAUGAGAUUGGUAAUGCAUUAGGCUCCCGAGCAGGACAACAUAAGUUAGGCGCAGUUUACGCAUCAAUUCCUUGCUUACCACCGUGUCGUGCAUCAGCGCUUAAAAAUAUAUUCCUACUGCUUCUAUUUCACUCAUCUGAUCGAGUCCUUUUUGGUAACAAUAUUAUUUUUCGAUGCGUGAUUGACGAACUCAACUAUCUCAGCGAACAUGGCAUAGAAUUCGACCUUCCGGUUUUCAAAGGCAUCAUUUAUUUUGAACUCGGUUUGAUUUUAGGAGAUAAUCUCGGUAUUCAUGCUAUUACAGGUUUUGUAGAAAGUUUUUCCGCAAAUUAUUCUUGUAGAAUUUGUAAAGUUUCAAAACAAGUUUUGAGAAGUCAGUGCAUUGAAAAUAAAGAUAUUUUACGUAAUUUUGAAAAUUAUCAAAAUGACCUAUUAUGUAUCAAUCCCUCUGAAACAGGUAUUAAAGAAAAAUGUAUAUGGCUUGAUGUCAUAGAUUUUGAUUUAUUUAAUCAAGUUGGUGUCGAUUGCAUGCAUGAUAUAUUAGAAGGUGUUGCGAAAUAUGUAAUGCAAUUUGUUCUUCUUCAAUGCAUAAGACGUUUUAAAUUUUUUACUUUGACUCAACUCAAUAAUAAAAUUCAUGCUUUUGAGUAUGGUCCUGAUUGUAGAAAUCAACCUUGUUCUUUUUCUAUGGAAAAUCUUAUACGUAGCAAUGUCCGACAAUCGGCAUCAGAAAUGCUAACUUUGCUGCGAUAUUUUGGUUUAUUGGUAGGGGAAUCGGUUCCUAGAGAGAAUGAAAUUUGGGAUUUGUAUCUGAAAUUAAGAAUUGUUUUAGAAAUAAUCCUAUCUUCUGCUUUCGCCAGAGGCACUGGAGAACUAUUACAAACAGCUGUAAAGGAUCUUAACACUUUGUAUCUAUCACUUACCAAAGAUUCAUUAAAACCAAAAUUUCAUAAUUUAAUUCAUUAUCAUACUGCAUUAGAAAAAUAUGGUCCUAUUGUUUCUUUAUGGUGUAUGCGUUUUGAAGCUAAACACAGAGUUUUUAAAAUGGCAUCAAAUGUAUCAUGUAAUAGGAAGAAUAUUACAUUGUCCCUAACUACAAAACAUCAACUACAGCUCAAUGAAUUGUUUCUGACAGGUAAACUACCCGAUACGCUUAGGACAGGUCCUGCUGUUAGAGUAAGUUAUAAUGAUUCUGAUAUUAAACAACUCAUACUGUCAACUAUGCAAUUAUGUGAUGACAGACCACUAGUCCAUGUAACUUGGGCUACUGUAUCUUCUACGCGGUAUGUUAAGGGUACAAUUUUAAUUUACGAUACAAAUACCAACGAUUCAUUGCCUGAAUUCUUAAGGGUUAACAAUGUUUACUUGUAUGACUCAAAUGAUUUAAUUUUUGUUGGAACAUUAAUGCAGACAUUGAGAUUUGACGACCAUUUUUUUGCUUAUGAAGUUGGCGAAACUGAAACUAAUCAAAAUGUUAUUAAACGUUACAAGUCUUUAGUGUCUCCUAUCCCAUGUAACAUUAAUGUUCUUAAUAAUGGCAAAAAAUAUAUUACUGUGCGAUGUGCAUUAUAA